UGAUGUGAAGCCGCUUUCACUCCGGUAGUGUUGCUCUUGUUUUCGUCCCAGCAGCUGUGUCCCAGAGCUACAUCUUUUAUCCUCCGACCAAGCCCACUAGUACAAUAGCAUCUAGUAGGAUUUAAAUCGCAGUCCGAGGGGUCAGCCAGCAGGAUAAGCAGGAUAGUACAACGCGAGCUGUACCAGGGUGUGGUCCGAAACUAUACCUGGCCCUUAAUCGACUCAAGUGUGUGCAAGACAUGAUCUGGCCAGCUUCAUCGGCCGUCUGAUACCAUCCGCACUUCUCUCGUGCGGGUGAGCGCAGCAUCAGCCUGCAUCUCGUCUCCCCCGCCGCUUGCAGCGUCCGCGGCAUGGACCUGGUGCGCAAAUUCAAGCGGCGAUUGCGCAGCAUUGGCGGCGGGCCCAGCGGGAUCACCGCCAUAGCCGGCGGCGGAGAGAGCUCCAAGCCGUCGGCGGAAUGCGCGGGCGACUGGCCUUCCGGUGUCAUCAGCAAGUCCUUCACCGUUGAAUGCGGCGCCUCUCACGCUGGUCCAAACUCGUUCCUAGGAACAACGAACUUGUGUGCUCGUCCAGUCCCCGUCCCAGUGAAUCGCUGUAGUAGUCACAGUGAUAGCCGUCGAAAGGAGCUUCAGCCCGAAGCUCUACGAGUAGACAUCAUAUCGGACGAGGAGAGCCAGCGGCAGAGAUCCUUCAAGCCACGGGGAGGAGCGCCGCCGCACGCGCUGCCGCAGCAACGGGGCGUUGGAGCCCGAGGAGCAGACCGGCCGCAUUCCCGCGCCGGCGAAUGUCCCGCUGACCAAUGCGCCGCCGACGGUUGCGGCGCCGGGAACUCGCCGCGGGAGUCGAGGAGCGACGAGGAAGACCGCGGGUCGGACGAGAACGAGAACGACAACGAGGUGGGAGAUCUGCGGAGGCGGCACACGUGGCAGCUUCAGUCGCAGCUCCACCCGUCCGACUCUGCCGACCUCACCUCUGCGCGAGGUCUUGGCGACACCCGUCACUCCAACCGUCACGGCGACUCCUCUUAUUUCGAGCACUCUGCGGGCCUUGCAGGGUUGGUAGGGCCGGUGCCAGCGAGCGGUGUCGCGCCGUCGCCGCGUCUCACGGAAGCGCUGCUGCUGCUGAUGCAGGCGACGCAGCAUCAGUCGCCUCAUGGCAGCAGCAGCAGCAGCAGCGGGCUGACGUCAGAGUGGCCACGUCAGCAGCUUCUGCAGCACCGCAAAGUGAUCGAGUGGCUGGCAUUGCUGUCGGACCCGGUCGAACCGCCUCCCACCGAAGGUCCGUUCGAAGCCGCGGUGUUACAGCCUGCGAACGCGUCUAAAGCGAAUGAAGCUGCGGUGGCGCUUGCGGUACUAGCAGCAGAGCGCGGCGCGUCUCGCAUCGCCACAUGUGUUUCUGCCUCUCACCUCGACGGCUCUUUACUCGACGGGCGCGCGUCGCCCAUCCCGCCGGCCGAAGGAGACCUGCUGCACCUGCCGGCAAGCUUAGCCGCCAACCGGCAGCGAAAAUUGGAGUGUGACGGCAGUCCGUCUGGCACGCCGAGCCCGGGGGUGCCAAGCCCGCGCGGCGUGGUUACCAUGCAAGGCGGCGGUGGCGCGGGGAGCAGCGGGGACGGGGAAGAGGCGGAAAACGGCCGGCGGAAGGCGAGCGGGCGGAGAGAUUGCGCGGCUGGUAAAGCGGAAGCGCUGCAAGAUUGCGGGCGGAGAGACUGCGGCCCGGGAUUUGAGCGGACCGCGACGGCCGGGCAAGAUAUCAAGGGGAGCUGCAGCGACGCCGGCGGCAGCGACUGCGGUGAUCCCGAGGGCGGCUCGCCGAGAAAGUGGGGGUUACUGGCGGAUGAGAGCGUUCCCGAGUCGGCGAAUGCGGGAGCGGGCGAGAAUAUGCUGGGCAGUGUGCGCGCCGCGUUCCGCCAGCUCACCGCAACCAGCCAGUCGGAGCAGGUGCGCGGAGCGCGGGCGCUGCGAGACUUGGCGCGGGAGAGCGACGCCGUGCGGAGUGCAAUCGUGGCCGUUGGUGUCAUCCCCGCGCUCGUCUCCAUCGUUAAUCUCGCCGCCACUGCUCCUCACGCCGCCGCCGCCACCCACGACAUCCCUGUCGCGUCGCCCAGCGGAGUCGCCGCGGCGGGGGGAACUGACACGUCGCUCGGCGGUGGGCUUAGAACCACUCCGUGCGCGGAGGGGGGAAUCGACGCGGCAGCGCAGGGAGGCCGCGAGCGGGGUUUGGCGGGUCCGUUAGUGGACUACUCGAUAUCGUGCCUGGUGAAUCUCAGCAUCACGCGCGACAUGAAGGCGACCAUCUGCCAGGCGGGCGCCAUCCCCCCGCUCAUCCGCCUCAUGUGCCCCGCGCGCUCCCCCUCGUGCGCGCCCGCGUGCGCCUGCUGCGCGUCCGCGUCCGCGUCCGCGUCCACACGCGCCAACGCGGCAGUGGCGCUUCUGUCGCUGUCGAAGCUGAGCGACGCUAUCAGGCUGCACAUGGCGUACUCGGGGGGCGUAGAGGCUCUCGUGCACUUCCUCUCAGAUGCCACUAACGCUCCUGAUCAUCCCGCUGCUGCUGCUGGUGGCGCUGCUGGACCGCAGGGCAGUAGCAGCAAGAGCCGCAAAGGGCGGAGGGAGGCGGCAGCGGCGCUGCAGAGCCUGGCGUCAGUGGCGGCAGUGCGGCCGCGCCUGGUGCAUGCAGGCGCGGUGCCGCUGCUGCUCGAGCUGAUCGCUCAUGCUGCGGCCUCUCACCUCACAUGCAGCGGCGGCGGUGGUUUGAGGGGUGCAGAGAGGAGCGCACAGAGGAUGGGACGGGCGGAGGAUGACGCUGUGGCUACUGCUGAGAGGGCGCUGGCAGUGCUGGCGCUGCUGGCAGAUAACGAGGAGGGCAGGGCGGAGGUGCAGCGGAGAGGGGGGAUGGAAGUGCUGGUGGGAGUGGUGCGCGCAGGGGGGCCCUCAGACACGUGUGUGGAGCGCGCUGUAGCAGGGCUGAUGGCAAUGGUGGGGGGCAGCCUGGCUUGCAGAUGGGAGGUGGCGAGGAUUGGCGUGGAAGGGGCUGUGAAGCAGGUGGCUGUCAACGGAAGUGGGAAAGCCAAGGCAAAGGCAAUCAAGUUCAUGGACAUGCUUAGAGCACCUCCUGCUCUAGGAUGAAUGUGGCCACCACCAUGUUCGGUACUCGUUCUUGGUGUUGUACCGUAAGAUAUGGUGCAAUUCUUUGGCAUUGCCUCCUACUGGUACGCCUUGUUCUUGUUUUUUAGCAGUUGUGUGUUUGCGGGGUUUGCUGUUGUACAAAUAUAUUCUGUCCGAUAUGGCCCAAAGCACACACCUCUGUUGGAGCAUUGUGUGCUGCUGCUUGGUUGCACAUAUUAGCUCCCCAUGCCAAAUGUAACUUAGGUCGUUACUGUAGACUAUACUGGAUUGUGCCUUAGAGGGUACAACACCCUAGUCUAUAUACCCUUGUACUCACAC